CAAGCCAGAAGGACAGUCUUGGUCCGAGCUGGAGGGGAAAUGAGAGCACGCGUAGGAAGCUGGAGGUUGAAGGAGCAGCAGAUAGUCUUUUGUUUCAAUUAGCAGUUGGUGAAGAAGGAAGUCAGAACAGAAACACUGAGGGGCAGGUUUGCUGAGAACAGAGGGAAGUUGAGAAAUGUCUGCAAGUGACAUACUAUCUCUGGAACUCGUCCUGCUGGCUGCUCUUCUCCCGGGGGCUGACAGUGCAGAAGCCACUCAGGAACACAUCCAGUUCCACAUCAUCCAGAUCUCAUCCUUUGCCAACCACUCCUGGGCACAACAUCAAGGCUCAGGUUGGCUGGGUGAUGUGCAGACUCAUGGCUGGGACAGUGAGUCUGGCACGAUCAUUUUCCUGCACACCUGGUCUAAGGGCAACUUCAGCGACAAGGAGCUGAUAGAUCUGGAGCUGCUGUUCCGUGUCUACUUCAUUGGAUUAACUCGGGAGACUGAAGAAUAUGCCAGUCAACUGCACUUUGGAUAUCCUUUUGAAGUACAGAUGACAGCUGGCUGUGAGCUACAUUCCAGUGAGAUUGCAAAAGUCUUCUUAGAGGCAGCUUAUGAAGGAUCAGAUUUCCUGAGUUUCCAAAACAUGUCAUGGGUGCCAGCUCCAGAGGGGGACAGCAGAGCCCAGAGUGCCUGUGAUCUCAUGAACCAGUACGAAGGCAUCAAGGAAAUUGUGCACAAGCUCCUCACAAACACCUGUCCCCGAUUUGCCUUGGGUCUCUUUGAUGCCUCGAAGGUGGAUUACAAGAGGCAAGUGAGGCCAGAGGCCUGGCUGUCCACUGGCCCCAGUCCCGGUCCCGGCCGUCUGCUGCUGGUGUGCCAUGUCUCCGGCUUCUACCCAAAGCCUGUGUGGGUGAUGUGGAUGCGGGGUGAGCAGGAGCAGCAGGGCACCCAGCGAGGCGACGUCCUGCCCCAUGCUGAUGGAACGUGGUAUCUCCGAGUGACCCUGGACAUGGAAGCUGAGGAGGCGGCCGGCCUGUCCUGCCGGGUGAGACACAGCAGUCUAGGAAACCAGGACAUCAUUCUGUACUGGGGACACCACCUUUCCUUGUACUUGAUCCUGUUGGCCGUGAUAGUGCCCCUAAUGCUUCUGAUAGUCCUUGCAUUGUGGUUUAAGAAGCGCUGCUCCUAUCAAGACAUCCCGUGAGCUGCCUCAUCACACCCUCCCCAGUGGCCCAGGAACCUAGGACCACAGAGUGAUGAUAACAUUCUUUUUUCCCUCUAUUUAAUUUUUUUCUUGUUUCUGUUUUAUAAUCAUUGUUCACAUAAACUAAUUUAGUUCUGUAACUCUAUAUAGAAUCCCUUCCUUGUAAUCUCCAUCUGUUCAAUAGUCCUCUACUUUUUUUUUUUUUAAAGAUUUUAUUUAUUUAUUUUGAGAGAGAGAGAAUGAGAGAGAACACAUGAGAGGGGAUAGGGUCAGAGGGCAAAGCAGACUCCCUGCCGAGUAGGGAGCCCGAUGCGGGACUCGAUCCAGGGACUCCAGGAUCAUGAUCUGAGCCGAAGGCAGUCGCUUAACCAACUGAGCCACCCAGGCACCCAAUAGUCCUUUACUUUUGAAGCCCAUUCUGAUUCUCAUCCUCCAGGGUGUUCCCUGAUCCGUGGGUGGUAAGCCCUUCAUCUCUGCUCUAUGUGCACCUCACUUCUACCCUGCACACAGUUACCUAGGUCUUUCUUCCCCUUCCUAUGUGCAAGCUCUUUUGGGACAAUGAUCAUGAUGAAGGUGCGUUUCCUGUGUGUAAUACAUGCUCAGUGAAAAUCAAACCCAAACAAACCAUAUCCAAGUUAGAUUCACUGUCAUGUUGAUAGUCUUUCUUCAUAAUGUUCAUUCCUGACAUGGUUGUAGUAUUUGAAGGAUUGACAUUUCCCUUCUUGUUCCAGUGUUUCUUGUUUGGCCCAGAAAUCCCACAUUCCUUUAGCUCCCUCAUUUUCUCCCUAACUCUUAAGGAAAAAUGCAACUUUGCUCCCUGCCAUACUUACUUGAAAAAUACAAUGAGCCAUCCCUCUCCAACUUAUUCUAAACAUGAAGAGAGAAACAGUGAGCAGGCAACGUCUGCAGGGCAGUGGGGCAGACGUGUCACUGAAUGGUUAAUAAAAAGGCACAAGGGAGCUGGUCCCCAGGAUAAGGACCGGAUCAAGGCAAGGGAUGUAUAUGGAAAACAAACCCCCCAAAGGGUAGUGCUAUCUCAGACACCUGUCUGGAGUUCUUUUCCUUUAAGUUUCAUUCACUAAUCCAAGUAAUACUUGUCGAGCACUGAACACAAGACAGGCAUACACACUUGUGAAUUGGUGGGCGAGGGAACAGUCAGGGCUGCACCCACCUGCCUGGAGGGACCAUAUCUACUUCUUCAGUCUGUCUAUGUCCUUUGUACUGGGUACAAUAUUUUGUUUCUUUUUGGAAUUUUUGAAUCAACUUUAUAGGUAUGUAAUUUACUUGCAAUAAAAUGUAUCUGUUUUAA